AAGUAACACAGUAUCCAACAUAACAAACAAGUUGGAUUAGAUUGACAAACUACCUAUUCAGACGGCAAAUUUUGUGGAACAGCCGAAACCUGUGGUGUGUGCUGUGCUUGACUUGAGUAUUGAACAUCGAUUGUUAAUUGGAAGUGAAAGAAAGUAGAUUGAAUUGAAGAACAAAGGCAAUGCCAGGUCCUGGUCCUCACCUCAUGUAUGCCAUGGGUUCUGGUUUGUGUCUCACAAGCAUCAGCAAUGGAAGGUUCGGUCCCCACCACACACUCUUCUACACCAUCAACGCCUUCUUUGGCCCUGAUGUUGGUUCCUUCACGGAGUGGCUUGGUUCACUCUUUGGUGGUUCUGCUCAUGCUUUGGGAUCUUCCCUUGAAGAUCUCAUUCACCAUCCCUUCUUCUACAUCCUUCUUUUAGGACUUCCUCUCUCUUUUCUCUAUUCUCGGAUAUCCUCCUAUCUUCUCCACACGCAGCUUCUUGAUUCUGUCUCCAGAGUGCCCCUUACGAGGAUGCAAUGCUUUUUAUUGAUUUCAGCUGGCUCUUUUACCCACUUCUUUCUUGAUCAUCUGUUUGAGAAGUGGUUACAGAGAAGUUUAUCCAAAGCCCUGUUAAUCAUGUCCUACAUUAUGCCAAGCAACAAAGCAUAUCCUACACCCAUGUCGCUGCAACCUUGCUGGGGAGCCAGUUUUAUUAGAUUCAGCAACAUUCUAUUAUUCAUUAAUCAGGAGAAUGGGAAAACAACCACGUACACAUGGAUUUUGAGCACUGGCUGGUGGCAAAGUAGAGCACCAGUUAACCCAGAUGCUGUUGUUGUAGUUGUCUUUUUAUGUGCUUGCUUAAUUGGUGGCUUUUUUUACCUCAACAGAGCAAAUGCCUCAAACUCCAUGAUGAAAAAGUCAUAUCAAUCAAUGCUUCUUGUGAUGUCCAUAGCUUGUUUAUACUGCUUAUGGUGUGCGAUUCAGAUAUACUGGAUCAGUCCUCCUCGUCCAGCCGUUGGUGAAGAGGCCGAUCUUGGUGUUCUCGUAUUCUUAGCUAUAUACUUUUUCCUACCUUAUGGUUUGUGUAUAAUGUCCAUGUCCCCAAAAGAUCAUGAUCCUAAUCAGAUUCCUCUUUAGCAGUGUUUAACCUAUUAGAGAUGUGUUCUGCUUUUUCCACUUGAGGGUAGCUAGAAUCUUUCGCCAAUAAGUAAAUUGUAUAAUCACUCAGCAAAACUAUGUGAAGCUAAGCAUCUCCUUGUUGGAACUGGAUUCUUUUGAUCUUACAGGUUAUAUUACACUGACUCAUAAUACAUUGUUACCUGUAUCUUGUUGCAAAGUGAUCGAAUAUAGAAGUUUGAUAUUUGAUUUGACU